AUCCCAUUUAUUCGCCGCUUCCUGGUUAUAUUAGCUGCCUGGAUUUCUGGUAUAAUUUCUCGUCAAUGCAGCGUUUUAUUCGCGUUUUCACUUAACGUUUAGCAGGAGGCACAUAAACGAUUUCUAUUCGAAAAAAAAAGCCGUGGUCAUCAUGAACACGGAGAAGGACUUUUCGCCGCUCACGCCCAACAUCGUCCGGGCUCUCAAUGAUAAACUGUACGAGAAGCGGAAAGUGGCGGCCCUGGAAAUCGAGAAGCUGGUGCGCGAGUUCGUGGCCCAGAACAACUCUACUCAGAUCCGGCACGUCAUCCAGAUCUUGGCCUCGGAGUUCGCGCUGUCUCAGCACCCGCACAGCCGCAAGGGGGGACUCAUCGGCCUGGCGGCGUGCUCCAUCGCGCUGGGCAAGGACUCGGGUCUGUAUCUGAAAGAGCUCAUCGAGCCGGUCCUCACUUGUUUUAACGACUCCGACAGCCGCCUCCGCUACUACGCCUGCGAGGCGCUCUACAAUAUCGUUAAAGUGGCGAGGGGCGCCGUGCUGCCACAUUUCAACCUGCUUUUUGAUGGGCUGAGCAAGCUUGCGGCGGAUCCCGAUCCGAACGUCAAGAGCGGGUCGGAACUUUUGGACAGACUACUGAAGGACAUUGUGACCGAAAGCAACAAGUUCGACCUGGUCGCGUUUGUCCCUCUACUCAGGGAGCGCAUUUACUCCAAUAACCAGUACGCCAGGCAGUUCAUCAUCUCCUGGAUCCACGUCUUGGAGUCUGUACCUGACAUCAACCUGCUGGACUACCUCCCUGAGAUCCUGGACGGCCUCUUCCAGAUCCUGGGGGAUAACAGCAAGGAGAUCCGGCGGACGUGCGAGGUGGUGCUCGGCGAGUUCCUGAAGGAAAUCAAAAAGACACCGUCCAGCGUGAAGUUCGCCGAGAUGGCCAACAUCCUGGUCAUCCACUGCCAGGUGACGGACGAGAGCAAGGUGACCAACGACCUCAUCCAGCUGACCGCCAUGACGUGGAUGAGGGAGUUCAUCCAGCUGGCGGGCCGGGCCGUGCUGCCUUACUCGUCGGGAAUCCUCACCGCCGUGCUGCCGUGCCUCUCCUACGACGACCGGAAGAAGAACACCAAGGAGGCGGCGAGCGCCUGCAACUACAGCUUGAUGAAGCUCGUCACCCCUGAGGACGAUGACGACGAAGACGACGGGAGAAGCUCAAGUGUGGAGUCGCUCGCGAGAGAAGAGAAGGGCGACGGGGGUGAGGGCCUCAACGCCUCUCAGGACGCGGUGGGGUUCAGCAACAUCAGCUUCUUCGCCCCGGCGAGCAUCGACAGGUCUCAUGUGACUCUAGACCUGGACGGCAUUGUGCAGGUGCUGGACCGCCACCUCCACGACGCCUCCACGGGCAUGAUGACGCGCAUCGCGGUGCUGAAGUGGAUCUACCACCUGUACAUCAAGACGCCGCGCAAGAUGUUCCGCCACACCGACAGCCUCUUCCCCAUGCUCCUCAAAACCCUCUCGGACGAGUCGGACGAGGUGAUCCUCAAAGAUCUGGAGGUGCUCGCAGAGAUCGCCUCGUCGCCAGCCGGUCAGACGGACCCGGCGGCGACCUGCGACGUGGUCGACGGCGGGCUGGCGCUCAAGGUGCCGGACAAGGCGGGCAAGACCGCCGGCGCCGAAUCCUCCCCGUCCACCCCGAGCAUGAAUUCUUACUUCUACAAGUUCAUGAUCAAUCUCUUGAAACGCUUCAGUGUCGAGCGGAAGCUCCUGGAAAGCCGAGGGGCGUUCAUCAUCCGCCAGCUGUGCCUGCUCCUCCACGCCGAGAACAUCUUCCACUCCAUGGCGGACAUCCUCCUCAAGGAAGAGGACCUGAAGUUCGCCUCCACCAUGGUGCAGACGCUCAACACCAUCCUGCUCACGUCGGCCGAGCUCUUCCAGCUGCGCAACCAGCUGAAGGACCUCCGCACGCCCGAGAACUGCGCCCUCUUCUGCUGCCUGUACCGCUCUUGGUGCCACAACCCCGUCGCCACCGUGUCGCUCUGCUUCCUCACGCAGAACUACAAGCACGCCUACGACCUCAUCCAGAAAUUCGGCGGGCUGGAGGUGACGGUGGACUUCCUGAUGGAGGUGGACAAGCUGGUGCAGCUUGUGGAGAGCCCCAUCUUCACCUACCUUCGUCUGCAGCUCCUGGACGUGGAGAGCAACCCGUACCUGAUCAAGGCGCUCUACGGUCUGCUGAUGCUUCUGCCGCAGAGUCAGGCCUUCCAGCUGCUCUCGCACCGCCUGCAGUGCGUGCCCAACCCGGAGCUCAUGCGGACGGUGGACGGGUCCAAGCGCGCCGACUCCAAGGAGGGAGGCGCGGCGGCGGCGGGGCCCCGGGAGCGCGCCCCGCACGCCCACGUGGACUACGGCGAACUUUUGCGGCACUUUGACUCCGUGCAGGGCAAACACCUGGAGGUGCGCCACCAGCGCUCGGGGCGCGUGGGCGAGCUGCCCGACAGGAAGCUGAUGUGAGCCCGGCCCGUACUGGAAAACGCUAAAAUUAACAUUAUCGGGACCAAAUAUGUAAAUCAUCAUUCAACUUAUACACGAUGACAAUUUUCAGUCCAUCUGUUUUAGAACCGUGGACCUGUUGGCCGUCAAAUAGGCAUAUGGACCCCCCAAUCCCAACAAAAAACACAUUUUCAGACAGAUUAGUCAUCACUAACAUACCUUUUUUUUUUAUCAUAAAUCUGGUGGACGGGGGGCUGAUAUAGAGGAUCAACACAGGAAUGUCGGAGCAGUAUUGUACCUAGAACCUCAGAACUGUGAUGCAGAUGUGCUCAUUGCUAUCGCGCCGUGCUGUCGUGAGUUUCUUAUGUUAAAAAGAACUUAACGCACUCUGGUAGCAUGUUACAUAUUUUUCUAGAUUUAUUUUUUUUUUUUAAAUGAAGGAAAAAAAAAAGUCAUGCUGAAGCUGUAUUUUUUUUUCUAUGAAGGAGUAUUUGGGGCCACAGUGAAAAGCUGGAAAAAAAAAAUCUAACUGGAAGAUAGAUUAUUUUGUGAGAAUAAAUUUUGAAGACAAAAAGUUGGACAGUUGGACACUUUGCAGUGGUGUAUUGACCGAAAACAAUUUCAUGUUAGUUGCUUUCACAUUAAUCUGACAAAGUCUUAAUCUGCUGCCCUUUAGGAAUGAAGACAAAGUUGUUAACUGCCAUAAAUAUAUGAAACGCGAUGAUCAUGACUGCCUGUCACGCAGUACCGUACGUAUUUAUUAUUUUUUUUUCCCCUUCUCUAACUGUAACGAACUGUUCCGUUGAUUUCAAGCGAAAGCAACACAUAUUUCGUGUCAGGUGGUCCACUUUUGUCAUUCAAAGAGUACGUUUUGUCGCGUGACCCGCAUUCUGUACAAAGCGUGGCCCGCUUGGCUGUUCCUGUUAAGACGUGACAUCCAUUCUUGGUAUGCCUUUUGAAAUUAAAAAAAAAAAAAAUCUUG